AUGGCGGAUCCCUUCGACGCAGCUCUCGACCUCCUCCGCCGCCUACCUCCCUCCUCGACCCAACAAAACCUUAACGGCAUCAUCUCCCUCCGCCCCGACCUCGAAGAAGACCUCCUCUCCUCCGUCGACGUCGCCCUCACGUCCAAACGCUGUACGCAGACCGGCCGCGACUACCUCUGCUGCGACUACAACCGCGACGGCAAUUCCUACCGUUCGCCCUGGAGCAACAACUUCGAACCCCCCAUAGACCCCGAAGAUGCCGCUGAUCUCAUUCCUGGCGGUCGAGUACGGCGGAUGGAGGAGACGCUGAAUCAGGGCGUGGAUGUGUAUCGGGAGCUGUACUAUGAAGGAGGCAUCAGCUCAGCGUACCUCUGGGCGCUGGAUGAGGGUUUCGCGGGCGUGGUGUUGUUCAAGAAGAGCGUGAGUGAAGGCGGCACGAGAGGGAGAGGCGGCUGGGACAGCAUCCACGUGUUGGAGGUCAAUGAGUCGGCGACGAAGCGGUCCGCGCAUUACAAGCUUACGUCGACGGUGAUACUGGAUCUGGGCAUGCAGUCGGCCGCGGUGGACAGUCUGGAGCUGGCUGGGAACUUGACCCGGCAGACGCAGCAAGACUUGCCGCUGAGUGGGUUGAGGGAGGCGGAGGUAGAACAGGGACAUGUGGUGAACAUUGGGCGGAUGGUGGAGGAUAUGGAGACGAGGAUGCGGAAUUUGCUGCAGGAGGUGUACUUUGGGAAGGCGAAGGAUGUGGUGGGCGAUUUGAGGAGUAUACAGCCGCUGAGCGAGGUGGAGGGCGAGAGGGCGGCGCACAAGGAGGCCAUCAGCAAGAUGAAUAGAGGGUGA